AUGGUGGACGACUGGUUUGAAAUUAAAAAGAGAUAUUUGGUAAAAGAGACUAUUGGAUCUGGUGGCUUUGGAAAGGUUAAAAGAGCGCUCCAUAUUGCCACAACUGAGACUGUAGCUAUAAAGGUGAUGGACAAAGCAAAACUCGGCGCCGACCUUCCCCGCGUGAAAACAGAAAUAAAAGCGCUACGAAGUCUCCAGCACCCGCACAUUUGCAGACUUUACGAAGAAAUCGAGACUGAAAAUAAAAUCUUCUUGGUGCUAGAAUACUGCUCUGGCGGCGAGCUCUUCGAUUACAUCGUCGAAAAAGAUCGACUAAAUGAAGAUGAAGCGCGCCAAUUUUUCCGUGAAAUAUGCGCUGCAGUUGCUUACAUGCAUAGUAAGGGUUUCGCUCAUCGAGAUCUCAAGCCAGAAAACAUCCUCAUCGACGAGGACCACCGCAUCAAACUGAUCGAUUUCGGCUUAUGUGCCAACCCCGACGCGGGAAUCGACUCUGCCCUCGCCACCUGCUGCGGCUCUCCAGCUUAUGCUGCUCCUGAACUUGUCUCUGGUCGAAAGUACAUUGGCCCAGAGGCGGACGUUUGGUCCCUUGGCGUACUUUUGUACGCGCUUCUCAACGGCUUCCUGCCCUUUGAUGAUGAUAAUAUGCCGACAUUAUAUAAGAAGAUAAAAAGUGGAAAGUACGACGUGCCGGAAUGGCUUUCCAGUGACUCGACAUUUCUACUAGCAGCGUUACUACAGGUUGAUCCAAAAGCGGAUAACCAUGCGUCGAUUAUUGAACCACCGCUGGCUGACCAAAGACCACCUCUCUCCCGUUGA